AUGGCCCUACUCAGGAACAGUUCUUCUGAUGAGCUGCAGCCUGCUACGAUUAUCCAUGACACACAAACGCAAACUACCUUUACCAAACUGCUGAACGUCAAUGACAUGACUGCUGAAGCCUGCUCACAAGCUACUUUUCCAGUGAGGUAUGGUGGUUUCAGAAUGACUCCUGCAACUCAACUUUUACCUAUUGCAUUCGUCUCUGGUUGGGCUCACUCGUUGCAAGUGUUAUCAGACCGAUUUCCAGAUCUACAGCCACAAGUAGCUUCAGAAGAAUCUGGUGUGAGCCUCAAUACAGUUGAUAGCAUCGAGAGCUUUGUGAGCGAUAUCCAACAAGGUCACUGGGAGACUGUCUUACAGGCUGUUCAGCCAUUGAAACUGCCCGAGAGGACUUUGGUUGACUUGUAUGAACAGAUUGUACUUGAACUGAUUGAGCUUCGAGAACUAGGAGCUGCAAGAUCUGUUCUUCGUCAAACAGACCCUAUGAUAUUACUCAAACAACAACAACCAGAGAGAUAUCUUCACUUGGAGAACCUUUUGGCAAGGUCAUAUUUUGAUCCAAGAGAGGCAUACCCAGAAGGCAGCAACAAGGAGAAAAGGAGGACAGCUAUUGCUAAUGCUUUAUCAAGUGAAGUUUCAGUGGUUGCUCCAUCUCGUCUCUUGGCAUUAAUUGGGCAAGCAUUGAAAUGGCAGCAGCACCAAGGACUGUUACCUCCUGGCACUCGUAUUGAUGUCUUCAGAGGGAAGGCUGCAGUAAGAGAUGAGGAAGAAGAGAAAUGCCCAACUCAGUUGAAUAGGACAAUAAAGUUUGGAUCUAAGACUCAUGUAGAAUGUGCUGCCUUUUCUCCUGACGGACAGUAUCUAGUAACAGGAAGUCUUGACGGCUUUAUAGAAUUCUGGAACUUUACAACAGGAAAGAUACGGAAAGAUCUCAAAUACCAGGCUCAGGACAAUUUUAUGAUGAUGGAAUCAUCUGUACUUUGCUUGGCAUUCAGUCGAGACAGUGAGAUGCUGGCAACUGGAGAUCAGAAUGGAAAGUUGAAGGUGUGGCGAGUGCAGUCUGGUCAAUGUUUAAGACGAUUUGAGAAAGCACAUUCCAAAGGAGUUGUCAAUGUGUUGUUCUCUAGAGAUUCCAGUCAACUUCUAACUUGUUCAUUUGAUCACACAGUCAAAAUUCAUGGCCUUAAGUCUGGGAAGAUGAUAAAAGAGUUUCGUGGUCACACAUCGUUUGUAAAUGCUGCCAUUUUUACACAAGAUGGCCACAACGUUGUGAGCUGUAGCAGUGAUGGUACAGUGAAAAUUUGGAAUGUGAAGAGCACUGAAUGUAUCAAAACAGUGAAGCCUGAUGUUGGUUCUGGAUCUAUUGACCGAACAAUCAAUUCUGUUCAUCUUUUUCCAAAAAAUGUUGAGCUGUUUGUUGUCUGCAAUCGAUCAAGCACAGUAGCCGUUAUGAACAUGCAAGGCCAGAUUGCAAAGAGUUUCAGUUCUGGUAAGGAAGAAGGUGGAGAUUUUUUCUCUUGUCUUGUCUCACCAAGAGGAGAAUGGAUCUACUGUGUUGGCGAAGACUGUGUUCUUUACUGUUUUAGCUUGUCAACAGGCACAUUAGAAAGAGCCCUGAAUAUUCAUGAGAAAGAUGUUAUUGGAUUGGCUCAUCAUCCUCACCAGAAUCUAAUAGCUUCCUUUGGGGAAGAUGGAUUUGUGAAACUGUGGAAACCAUAAUAGCUGCAUGUUUAUUGGUGUAUGUAGAUCAUCGGGUAGUCUAAUUGCCAAUUUGAAGGUCAAUUUAAAAUUGUGGUGAAUCCGUUGUUAACACUGGAUUUGCGGAUGCAUGAACUCCUCUGCUGCUUAUGGAGGAUGUUUGUUUUUCAUUGUGUGUAUAUAUGCAGGAAUGGGUUUUUGUACAAUCUGUUUCUUUGUUGGUUA